AUGCAAUUUCUUACAGGAAAAUCAUUAUUGUAUAUAAGAAUACUAGUAUUGCUAAUAAUAGCCUAUUAUUUAGUCAAAGAUCCAGAUGCAUUAUCAUCAGCAGGUUUUGUAAUAUUAUUAGGUCAAGCAAUGCAAGUCCCCAUAUUAAAAUUAAAUCCAAAUAAUCAAUUAAUUGGACUUUUAUCAAUAUUUAUAGUAACUACUUCAUUAACUGAUCUUAUACCAUUAAUAGCUGAAAAUUGGUCAUUUUUUGAAACUUUAGUACCAACAAGAUUAACAUUUUAUUUUAUAAUAACUGCAUAUAUUUAUUUCGUACCCUUUUCAAUUAUAAGUAAUAGUUUAAUUAUAACUUAUACAAUGUUUGAAAUUUGGAUUAAUUUUUUAAUUUAUAAUAAUUUAAGAGAUGAAAAAUUUUAUAGAAUGAAAAAAUAUGUUGAAGAAAAUGUUGAUGCUUUAAAACAAGCUCAAGAUGAACAAAUUAGAAUAAUUGAAAGGGAUUGA